CUUCUCCCGCGCGCAGUCGUAGCGCUCUCGCGGCCGCCUGCGAUGAGUUUAGUUUUGAAAACAAGAGGCCGAUCGCCGCUCGCCGUGGUGGUACGUCGUCGUCGUCGUCGUCGUCGCCGCGUUUAGACGAGAUCGCUCGGUCGCGAGCGCGGACGGGGAUUAUCGAAACGCCGCGUCGAAACGACCGUGGAGUUUUCUACGCGGCCCUCGAUUCCUCUUUAUUCGCACAGACAUAUCCGUCCAUUCGUUCCUCUCUCUCUUUCUUUCCUCUCCUCUCCCAGCCAUCCUUAAACGACUCCUACGCUCCUGGCGUCUCUGUUUCGUGUCGUUGUCGGGUGAAACGCGUUCAACGCGAUUUAUUAAAAAAUGGACACCCUUCGAGAGCAGGUGAUGAUCAAUCAGUUCGUCCUGGCCGCAGGCUGUGCCAGGGAACAGGCGAAGCAGUUGCUGCAAGCGGCACAUUGGCAAUUCGAGACCGCUCUCAGUAUCUUUUUCCAAGAGGCGGCGAUACCCAGCUGCGCGCAAGGAGCCGGCACCCACUUCGGCCAAAUAACGCCGUGCAACACGCCAGCCACUCCACCGAAUUUCCCGGAUGCGUUGCUGGCGUUUUCCAAAAUGUCAGCCGGUGAAAAAACUCCUUCAGGCAUGUCUCCGAGCCAGAACGGAUUGCAAACGAACUCGGCAGCGUCGAGUGUCGUGCAGCAUCAUGCCGUGAGCGGUCGGUGUAGCGCAUCGGGCAACGCGGCGCAGCAACAGACGCAGCCGCAGCAGACGCAAUUUGGCCUGGGCGAGCCGCAGAGAUAAGAGUGACUUGUGCUAGUCGCGAACGCGAAACGUCACGUAGAUGACGCGCGAUAACGUUUCCGGAGCGCGAGUGGUGGUGCUCCGAGCAUAGAAGAGAAAGAGAGAGUCGAGAAUUCAAAACACACGGGAGAGAAAAAAUUCAUUUUUUUUUCGAGGGAAAAUCAGAUUUCCUUCCCGGAAGAAAGGACAGAAUACGCACGACUACAGGGAAAAAUAUCUUUAUUGGAUUAGAAUCGGAUUAUGUGCUAUUGAAUUGUUGUUACGUUAUCCGCGCACAAUAUAAUAGCAAAGUGUAUGUAUGUGUGUAUAUGUAUGUAUGUAUGUGUAUUGUACCUGCAUAAUGUGCGAGUGAGUGAUGUCACGUAUCAUCGGAUGAUACGUAUCUCGAUUGCUUUUUCCCGGCUUCUCCGAGAGAGCAUCCGAACUUGGAAUAACGCGUCGAAGAAUCUGACACACACAUGUAUACACAUACAUACGUGCGAACAUGCGAAAACGUGCAAGGCGAUAGAGAAGAGAUGAGAAUUAGGAUUUUCUUCCCUUUUCUCUGACACGUCGGGACCAUGCAUACCGUUCCAGGUAGCAAACUGAUGUCAUUCGACGUCAAAAUGAAUUUGACGUUUAAUAAUGUCAAUUUGCUACCUGGGGUUUUGGGGUAGGUCCGAAACUGUCAAAAAGACAUUAAUAAUAAUCCUGAACGAUCGCACUGUAAGAAGAAAUGGCCUCCCGCUCCGAAAUCCAGCCUCCUUGGUCCCUAUAUACUAUAGAUAGUGGCUGUUCCUUUAGGAUUCACCGUACACCACCGUUAGACUAGGCAACAAAUUUUCGCUAUCACUUCCACGUCACAGUACAAAAGAAGAGAACUGCGAGAGUUUCUUCGAUUCUUGGAAGAAUCGUCUUGGAAGAAUCUUUAUCGCACACUUUUCGCGAAAAUUGAUGAAAAAAUUGCAUAUUUUCAACGAGGAUGAAAGACAACAUCCGAAGACAUUUCAUUUUUGAAUCAUGGAAUUCUCGAACUGGUUUAUGAUCCUUUUACUGUUCUCCUAAAAUAGAGUAACGCUUGCAAUUAUUCACGCGAACGCGUGUACGUCGUAUAUUCCGUUCCCAUAAGCGUACUGAUAUUUCGAAGGUAUAUAAUAAAUAUACCAGGCUAAAUAUGAUAAACGGAUUUACCAUGUAAAAAUUUGUAAAAAGGAUAUCUCGAAUUGUGUAAUUCCAUUGGUCUUACAUAUAGUAAUUAAUUUACACGUAACUGAAAAAUAAAAUCCGAGUGAUAAAGAGUAUAAGCUCGAAAAAAAAUUGACGCCUCAAAAACAAUAUGCCUGGAUUUUUUGCUGUCAUGAUAAGUGGUAAAGAAUUCUCGAGUUGAUGAUUUCGUCGACUAUCGUACAUUGUGAGCACAGAACUUGGAAAAUAUUAUUCCGUUUUUUAUGCAACACUAGACUUCACGACGUUGACACAAAUGCUCUUAUAUGGCAGCUCUGGCAAUACGAUUCUACCUGAUGUAGUUGUAUAUCGGAAUAUAUAUCGAAUUCUCUAUAUCUUUCAUUAUAUUUCUUGUGACAUAGAUGGACAUCCAUACUAUAUAUAUAUAUAUAUAUAUACAUAGAUACAUAUAUAUAUAUUUGUUUUAUAAAUCUCUAUUCUUUUUUGUAGUGCGAAUUUAUAUAGGUAUUUUUCUCCCUUUAUAGCUCUUUAGAAAUCUCUUUCCAAUUAAAGUGAUAACCAGAGAAUUCUUUAUUCUUUAUAAUCGAUUUAUAUAUCGUAUAUCUGACGGCAAAGUGUCUUUACGAACGCAAUGUAAUCAAUUUUUGUUUUAUUUGUAAUCGUAAUAGUGAUCUCGAUGACGAUAAUGACAAAAAUCGGAAUCUUAGCUGGGUAAUUUAAUUUUCAAUCAUGCGAUCGAAAUUCGAAUAUCCAGGCGUCGAGUAUACAGCUUUAUCUCUGUGAAUGCGCGUUUAUGUAAAUAAUAGUAGAUAUUAGUUAUAUUAAGAAAAAAAGAGAACUUUGCGAGAGUAUGGCGAAAUAUUUUUUCCAGUAAGGUACACGCUUUAAAUACCUUCCUUAUGUUUGUGUAAUAUGUGUAGGCUGUAUUUAAGAUAAAACACUAUCGAUGAGAACGAAAAUAUUUUACUAUGUUGAAAUUAUAUAAUUAUUGUUUAUUUGACUAUUACAAAGACAAAUAAUGGUCGUGUACAUAAUUUUGGAGAAUUAAAUAAAAUAUUAAUAAUGAUGCUUUCUUAGCCUCGUGGUCUAGUUUCACUGAUUACCUUUGUACUUUAGAGAUCGAGAGAGCGAAAGCAUCCGCUUCCGUAUAUUACAAAACAACUAUUAAAUUAAUAAUGAUACAUAAGUGUAUAUAAUUGACGAUUUGAUCUUAGGAAUAAUUUAAAAAUCACUUCCUCCACGCGCGACAAAUUAGAAUAUUAAUUUAUGUUACAUAGCGAUAAGAUAUUUAAAACUGGUAACUGGUAUCUCGAUAUCACUUAUACUGUCAAUACUUGUCGAGUAUUUUAUCACUGUAUAAAAUGUUACAUCGAUAGACCGAGCGUGUUAUGCUAUCAAUAGCGCUCGCAUUUUCGCGAUAUGAAUAAAAAGUGUAUAUGUA